CAUGUAAGGUUUCUUUGCAUUAAAGGAGUCUGGUCCUUAUUUAUAGAGGUAGUUCUGCACUUGGUAAUGACAAUAAAUGUAAAUAGCAUUGCAUUGCUUAUCUUCUUCACUCUUGAUUGUCUUUCUGUUCAUCUUUCUUCUGCUACUAAGAAACAUGGUAAAACUGACCUUUGCAUUGCCAAUCUUGCUGCAAUUUCUCUGCUUUUUAGCAAUCCAUGUGAAUGCUUUUUCACCUUCUGGUUGGACCAAGGCUCAUGCUACAUUUUAUGGAGGAAGCGAUGCUUCAGGAACUAUGGGUGGAGCUUGUGGAUAUGGUAAUUUGUAUUCAACUGGUUAUGGUACUAGGACUGCGGCUUUAAGUACUGCUUUAUUCAAUGAUGGAGCUUCAUGUGGACAGUGCUAUAAGAUUAUGUGUGAUUAUCAAACUGAUCCAAGAUGGUGUAUUAAAGGAAGCUCUAUAACCAUUACUGCAACAAAUUUCUGUCCCCCUAAUUUUGCACUUCCCAACAACAAUGGAGGCUGGUGCAAUCCUCCACUUCAGCAUUUUGACAUGGCUCAGCCUGCUUGGGAAAAGAUUGGCAUUUAUAGAGGUGGGAUCGUGCCUGUUAUGUUCCAAAGGGUUCCAUGCAAGAAACAUGGAGGAGUAAGAUUCAGUAUCAAUGGUAGAGACUAUUUUGAACUAGUCUUGAUAAGCAAUGUGGCAGGGGCAGGAUCCAUCCAAUCUGUAUCAAUCAAAGGCUCAAAAACCGGGUGGAUGGCAAUGUCAAGAAAUUGGGGAGCUAACUGGCAAUCAAAUUCCUACCUCAACGGUCAAUCUUUGUCCUUCAAGAUCACAACUACAGAUGGAGCGACCAGAUUCUUUCCAAAUGUUGUUCCGUCGAAUUGGGCAUUCGGGCAGACAUUUUCUAGCUCAGUACAAUUCUAAGUGGAUCAAUAAACUAUCAGGUUUAGAGUUCAUCAGGGUUUGUUUUGGCUGAGGCGUGCUCAUACUUUUACUAGAGCAGCCCGCCACAUUCUUUUCUUUAUCUCAUCAAAGAAGACUUGAUGAUGGCUAGAGCAAUUUAGUCCUACCUAAGUGAACCCGUGAACUCUAAGCUACACUCUUCUAAGCAUCGUGUGCUUUCUGAAUCAAGAAGGUGCAUUCUAGCUUAAAAUCAUACAAAAUCUUUUCCGAGAGUUGCAGAUUCAGCAAUUGCUUUUACAUCGUUUUGAAUACCAACAUAGUUGCAGCUAAAUAAAAACCGCUAUGAAAUGCGGCUAAGCAUGUAUUAGAUUUGAAGCUUUGUAAUAUGAAACACCUUUUUUCUUUC